AUGUCCAGCGUAUGUAUCAUUCUUAAUCAUGUUAUCGACGAUGAUGAGAGUGAGAGAGGGAGAAAGAAAGAGACCGUGGUUUUGUUGUUUUGUUGUCUUGUUUUUUACUAACGCAAAUCUUUACAGUUUCAUCCCGUUAAUCCCAAACCGUUUAUAAAAUCGCUACUUGGUAAGCAAGUGGUGGUGCGAUUGAAAUGGAACAAGACGGAAUAUAGGGGCAAGUUCAUCUCGGCCGAUAACUACCUAAAUAUACAGCUAGACGACACUUUUGAGAUCAUAUAUGAGAAGUCAGCUACUUCUAGGGAGACAAGGAGGGAAGAAAUGAUUGGGAAUAUAUUCAUUAGGUGUAAUAAUGUGUUGUUCAUACGAGAGUGGAGUGAGAGUGAAAACGAGCCAAGCACGACGGCCGUGGUGGAGAAACAGGACGUUGAAAUGGCGGAGGAGAGUAAUGGCACGGAAGAUGUGGUUGCGGCAACGAGUGAGAGCGUGGUAGUGGCGGUGGAGGAGGAGAAGGAAGAAGGGGAAAGUGCAGCCAAUGGUGAUUCAGAGGUGAAGGACGCGAUAGAGGAAGAUGAUACCGAAGGCACUCUGAACAAUGCAAACGCAGAGGCGGAGGCAGAGACAGAGGAAAAGCUGAUUGAGGAACCCGGAGAGAGCAAGACUACAGGAGACGAAACGGCCAGCAUAGAAAUCACCGGGAAGGAUGAAGAAGGUGUCAUGAAGGACUAA